CGUGUCAAAAUGAAUGUUUGCGUUUAGCAGUGCCGUACUAGGUGACUAGUCUUAGAGCCUUGAAGCGACUGUACACCGUAUUACUCUCACUCGAUUGUCUCGUACUUGCAACUUGAGGGUUUCAUGGACUAUCUUCGCAGCUUCGGCUCUGCUGCGGUAUCGACUCUAGUCCAAAAAUCGGGGCUAAACCUACCUUUCUCGCUGGGUCCCAAGGUUUACUCCUGCGAGACAUUCUGGACCUUGUACGACGCUACGAAACGGGAGGAUGGUAGUCUGGUCUCGGUCUUCGAGUAUGAUCUCACUCACCCGCUCAACAAGUCCACCAUACCUCUCGCCCGCAACUCUCUACGGAAACUGCGCACCAUACGACAUCCAGAUGUACUUAGAUUCAUCGAUGUUGUGGAAUCUGAUUCAACAAUCUGCAUCAUGACGGAACGGGUUCGCCCUCUACCCCUCGCGCUAUCCCAGUCAACCUCCAAUGCUCCACGCGAGCGGGAGGACUGGCUGAUUUGGGGGCUACACCGGAUUUCCGUUGCUCUUGCUUUUCUCAAUGAUUCUGCUUCCUCUACCCAUGGCAAUGUCCGUCCAAAUGCCAUCUUUAUCACCCCUUCAGGAGAGUGGAAGUUGGGAGGCUUCGAGGUGUUGAGCAAUCCAAAAGAUGAUCUUUCUGUUAUAUAUACCAUGGGCGGCCUCAUGCCAGACGCAAUGACUUGCGCACCCCCAGAAGUCAAGAAGGAGGGUUGGUCUGCCCUUAAAGACGUACCAUUAUCGGCUGCAGACGGAUACGCCCUUGGUCUACUUCUUCAUGCCGUCUUCAAUCCCACCCACCCUCCACCACCGACUGCUCAGCCACCUCAUCCACCACCUCAAGCCUCUUCCAGAGGUGCCAUACCAUCGUCCGUCUUUCCCUCCUUCAAAAAGCUCCUCAACCCGAAUCCCAAAUCACGAAUGUCAGCCAAGACCCUACUAGACAUUGGUAUGGCAGAGUCAGAUGGAGAAGGACAUGGAUUUUUCGUACAUAACCGGCUCGUCAAGGUCUGCGCUGGACUGGACGGAUUCACUCUGAGUAGUGAAUCUGACAAGGCAUCAUUGCUACGCAUGCUCAAGGAAUCUGGUUCUUCAUUUCCCCCCGAAUUUGUAUCUUAUCGCGUUCUGCCAUGCCUCGCAUCCGCGCUCGAGUUCGGCGGUGCCUCAGCAGCAACCAUCGUCCCUCUCGUCCUCCAAUUUGGAAAGAAUGUUGCACCUGACGACUACGGCUCGAUCAUUGUUGCACCCCUCGUAAAGCUCUUUGCAAGUGCUGACCGUGGCACACGUAUUGCGCUCCUCGAUAGUCUCCCCGACUUCGCCGAGAAGCUAGAUAAAAAAACAGUCGUCGAUAAGAUUUGGCCAAACCUGCAAACCGGCUUCACUGACACUGUCGCAGUCAUUCGAGAAGCUACUGUCCGCGCUAUUGUCCUACUUUCUCCCAAGCUAUCUGACCGCAUACUCAACAACGACCUCCUCCGUCACCUUGCCCGCCUCCAAUCAGACCCAGAAGCCUCCAUCCGCACCAACACUUGUAUUCUUAUCGGCCGCCUAGGCCCCUCACUAGGGUACAACACCAAACGAAAAGUUCUUGUUCCCGCGUUCAGCAUGGCGCUCAGGGAUCCGUUUGUCCACGCUCGUGUGGCGGGCGUUAUGGCGUUCAUGGCAACUGCGGAGUGCUUUGAGAUGGAGGACGUAGCUGGGAAAGUUGUUUCUGCUGUCGUAGGUGCUACGCUGGAUAAAGAAAAGUUGGUUCGCGAUCAGGCCUUCAAGGCUGUCGAACUUUUUGUCAAGCGGUUAGAAGCUCACGCUGCAACUAUGCCAGAAUCAGCAUCCACAGAAGAGGGUGGGGACGAUCUACCAGCAAGGCUUCCAGGUACAUUCACCCAAACUGGCCUUGUCAAUUCAGCAACUGGAGCAGCAGCCGCUCUCACAGGGUGGGCUGUAUCGUCACUUGGUAAAAAGCUUGCCCCUGCUGACAUGCAAACAACGAUCUCAAGUACUAUUGAUGGAUCAUUGUCGGCACCAGCUAUUAAUGGGCGUGCCAGUCCUCUACCUCUUUCAGCUGCGUCUUCACCUUCACCCUCCAUGAAUCCAUCAAGAGGCAGAGGCAAAGGUCUCCAACUAGGUGGAAAUAAAGCCCCGACUUCUACGCUCGCUGCGCAGCUCGCUGAAGAAGUCGCUAACGAGGCAGGGCAGGGCAGUAGUCAUUUGUGGAACGACGAUUUGAUCGACAUUCAUGCUGACGAGGGAGAUUGGACCGCGUUCGAGAGCGCUCCACCCACCGUAGAAUCAAAACUCGCGAGUACAGCUGACGGUCUAGGAUUCGGCAUAUCGCUACGAGCCAGUUCUCCAACUUCUGACGAAUGGGGCGCAAUGGCAUCGUCAUCUCGACCCACAAGUCGCUCCCCCGAUCCAUGGACGACCUCACAUCCCUCCCAUAUCUCACGCACGCUCUCCCCACAACCCCGCAGAUCCCUCGCAACUUCUACUCUUGCACCAGCAUUUUCACCCGCUUCAAGCGCUCGAUCAACACCAGUAUCAUCUCCUCGCCCACUUCCGAAUUCUGUUGAUAAUACACCAUCAACUAGUAUGGCUGGGAUGUCGAAAGAGGAGAAGGCUGCUGAGAUGGCGAGGAGGAAGGAGGAGAGGCGGUUGCGGAUCGAGAAGCUGAAGGAACAGAAAAAGAAUGCUGCUACGGCUGGAAAGGUUUGAGGACGGAGUGUUGGGGGACACCUGCGUUGAUGCGAUGGUGCGAUGCAGUGCUGAGUCAUUGGGAGGGGCCUUUCCUGACCACUGUACGAUCAUCAUACUUUGUAUAGGUGUAAACUGCACUUAGGAUGCGGCAUAUGUGCGGCGAGCUAUGUCAUUAAUAUUGACACUCAUUCCUUCCUUCAAAUCUACAUCACCAUCCGCACUAUCGCCGAGCUAAGAUAUACUAUUUACUGCUAUGCAAGAUCUAAAGCGCGUGCAUUCUUCAGAAACGAUAAU